CAAUUAAAUGGUCGAUAUCUACAAUGCUAUUGACAAGACAUCGAUGGCAUUAUCACAUAAGCACUGGUAUCAGGUUUAGCCAUAAGGAUUGUAACAAGAAAUCCAAACACAAGAUAACAAAAGAAAAUAAAUUCAGUUAUAAAUACUCGGAAACCGUUUUAUUACCGAAAAGUGAUUUUCCAGUCAAUCACUCGCGAUCUCUGGAAGUGAACAAUGAUAUAUCAAUGACCAACUUUGGUAAACUUGUCGAAAGGACGGCUUAUCAUUCAAAAGAGCGGUUUGUUUUACACGACGGUCCGCCCUAUGCUAACGGAUCUCUUCAUUUUGGCCACGCUAUCAAUAAAUUUAUCAAAGAUAUGAUUUGUCGUCGGAAACUACUGGAAGGAUAUGAAGUAUCGUUUAUACCCGGCUGGGACUGUCACGGACUACCCAUUGAAUUGAAAGCCAUAUCACAAGACAUGGAUAUAUCGGAUCCAAUAGAAAUUCGACGAAAAGCUAAACAAUUGGCUUUAGAUGUAAUCGAUGAACACAAACGAUGUUUUCAAAGCUGGAAAAUAAUGGCUGAUUGGGAUAACUCUUACUUUACAUUUGAUUCAAAAUAUAUCACAAAUCAAUUGAAAGCAUUUUCUACUUUAUUAGAUAAUAAUAUUAUAUUUAGAUGUUAUUCACCGGUUUAUUGGUCUCCGACCGGUUCGACAGCUUUAGCCGAAGCAGAGCUUCAAUACAAUGAAAAACACGUCUCGAAAUCAGUUUUUGUAAAAUUAAAAUUAACACGACUUGCAGAUUGUAUUAAACAAUUUAAUCCUAUAUUUGCUAUUAUUUGGACAACAACUCCGUGGACUUUACCAGCAAAUCAAGCCAUUGCUUACUCAUCUAAAAUUGAUUAUUGUGUUAUUACUAUUGAUGGAAAAUCCGGUGAAUAUUUUUUGAUCGCUAAAGACUUAAUACAUGAAUUGGAAAAAGAUUUAAAUUCUAAGAUUAAUAUUAAGAAAACGAUUAAUGGAUCAGAUCUUAAAUGGUGUUUCUAUUUAAAUAUCAUUUCUAAAAGUAAUGAAGAUUUGCCAUUUUUAGACAGCUCUCACGUCACCACAACUAAAGGAACCGGUUUAGUACAUAUCGCACCUAAUCAUGGUUUGGAUGACUAUAAACUUAUUAUUAAAAACAAUAUUCCAGUGAAAGAGUGUAUUGUUGAUGAAAAAGGACACUAUAUUUAUACUUCUAAUUCAUUAUUAGAAAAUAAGUUUGUGUUGAAUGAAGGAAAUGAUUGUAUAAUUGAAAUGUUAGGAAAUUCUUUACUUUUACAAAAAGAUUUUAUUCACAGUUAUCCUUAUGACUGGAGAUUCAAUGAACCGGUUAUAGUUAGAGCCAGUCCUCAAUGGUUUAUUAAUAUUGAUGUUAUUAGAGAUGAUUGUAUAAAAGUAUUAAAUAAUGUAAAGUUUUAUCCAGAAUCCUAUAAAGAAUAUCUUAUAGAUCAACUGAAUAUAAGACCCAAUUGGUGUAUAUCUCGUCAACGGUCGUGGGGUGUUCCCAUACCUGUAUUUUAUAACAAAGAUGAUAAAAAUUUCAAGAACCCACUCAUUAAUCGACAAAUCUUAGAUCAUAUUAUAAAAGUAUUUGAAGAUAAAGGAUGUGAUAUUUGGUGGUUAUCGUCAAUUGAUCAGUUGGUACCAAAACAUUUAAUUGAAAGUGAAUUAAAAGUUCCAGUGAAUGAUUUGCGAAAAGGAAAUGAUAUUUUUGACAUUUGGUUUGAUAGCGGCAACAGUUGGAACUCAGUUUUAAAGGAUCCGAAAAUUGCGGACAUUUAUUUAGAGGGUUACGAUCAGUUGCGCGGGUGGUUCCAGUCUUCACUUAUUUUAAGUGUUGCUCUUAGAAGUUGUUCACCGUUUAAAUCAAUUAAGAUUCACGGCUUUGCACUCGAUAGCGAUGGCAAAAAAAUGUCUAAAUCUAUUGGCAAUGUUAUUGAUCCAAAUGAUAUAAUUGAAAAAUGUAGUAAAAGUGAUAAUAAUUGUGGAAGUGAUGGCUUCAGAUGGUGGACUGCCAAACAUGCGUCAGAUCAUAAAGAUGAGAGGAUAGUAAUGAAAUCGUUUGACGAGACAUUACACACUCUCAAUGAUAUCCGACGUAUUAUUCGCUUUCUUAUCGGUUCUCUAAAUGAUUUUGAUGUCACCAAAGAUGAAGAUGUUUGCCAAUUGUCUGAUAUGAAUAUAUUAGACAAAUAUAUGUUACAUCUUUUACAUCAUUAUAUAAAUGAAGUGAAUAUAUGUUACAAUAACUAUCACUUUACGAGUUUAAUCAAUUCAUCGCUUGAAUUCAUGGUCAGUCAAGUCUCACGUUUUUAUUUUAUGCGAAUUAAGAACCGCUUGUAUUGCGAACACAAAACAUCUCUUCGGCGAAGAACUUGUCAAACAGUUCUUAAAUAUAUCUAUAAUAACUUAGUCUUUCAAUUGGCACCAAUAUUACCACAUAUUAUGAUUGAAGCCAAUAAACAUUUACCUAUAAAUUAUCAAUUUAUUUGCAAUAAUAAUGAAUGGAAUCAACAGAAUAUUGAGGAAGACAUACAACUGGUGUUAUCAAUGACUCAAAUCAUUAAUAAACAUUUAUUUGGCAAAAAUAUGCUUAAAUACGACUGUAACUGUCGAUUACCUCAAAAGGAUGGCAUGACUUUAAGCGGAUGUUUAAAUGGCAUUAAUUAUGAUUUAUUGAUAACAUCUGCCAACAAUUAUUUGUGUGAUCGUUGCAGGCGUUAUACAGCCAACAAACCUAACGAUGCCUGCGAUUACUGUCUAAAUGUUAUAUCAAUGUCUCAAUGA